AUUCCCAAUUGCAGGGGGUCACCGAGAUGAACAAUCCCUGGUGAGAGAGUGAGCUUCAGACGGAAGACGGAGUGCGAGGACCCCCGAAAAACGAGCGAGAGAGAAAUGAAAAACGGCCCAUGAUGGUAUCAAAAGUGGUCAAUCAACUUGCCCAUCCUCUGAAUCCCAUCCCAUGGCCCAUGUGCUGUCUUCCGUGCCCGUUUGUCCCCCUUCCCGGCUCAGUUAUCCUUAGCUUAGCUACCACCCCCUGGCAGCAUCCCUAGUGCUACCCCCCGCCAAGCUCGGCAGCCCCCGCCGCUCGACCUACGGGUCGUAUGACGCGGAACAGACUCGUCGGGCGCUGUCGCUCUUGCUAGCAACUUGAACAGCGCUCCUCUUAUUUAUUUUAUUUUGUUCUAGGUUGUCUAUAUAUCGCUUGCCCCGUCUGACCAUUUUCGGUUUCUGGAAGCACAGCAUCGAUAUCUGAAUAACAUCACAGUCCUCUCACCACCUGCACACCACGACCUCUCCAUCUACAGCAGUAUCUCGUCUCACCAUCUGGCACCCCCUCAACAUAUCCACACGCCCCGAGCAUAAAGAUACAAUAUCACCACCUCAGCCUUUCAAGCACCACCAUCAGUCAACCAUCGACUCUGCAAAACCUCACAAUGGCCGACAUAUCAUUCGACUACUUUGAUCAUCCCCAGAACAAACAGCACCUUGUUCCUACAUCCUUCUACGACCCUGCAGACUUCAGCGGUGAUUCGGCCCAUUCUCCCGACUCACCACUCUCGCCCGUCUUCAACAACCCAUAUCAGCUCCCCGUCUCAAACGACUGGGUCAACUGGGACGACAAGGCUACACUAUCACCUGAUCUCGACGCCCUCCCCAAGCAAGAGCCCUUUGAAGGCAUCAACCUCUCCACCAUCCCAUCAAGGAACAGCAUGGAGCUCAGCCCCGCCAUCAACCCACACGACCUCUCCGGCACUAUCCCCGAUGCCGUCCCCUUCGGCAGAGUAGGUCUGAAUGACAUCGACACUCAGCCUCUCUUCCAAACUCCCAUCCCCUCCAUCUCCUCUCAACCUCCUCAUCUUCAGUCCAACAUGAUGCACUCUGCCUCCAACCCAUCUCAGAUGUCCUCCUCCCUCAGCAGCAUCAACUCCAAGGAUGCCAACGGUCGAUAUCCCUCCCGCAAGCGCAAGUCCUCCGGCUCCGGAAGCUCUUCCUCCCGCUCAUCUACCUCUCCUCCACCCGCGACGCGUCGCCACUGCUCUCCUCCCAAGAAGACAGCCCAUAACAUGAUCGAGAAGCGAUACCGCACCAACCUCAACGACAAGAUCGCCGCCCUUCGCGACUCCGUCCCCGCUCUCCGCGUCAUGGUCCACCGUCUCGAGCAGCCCUGCACCGAGAACAUGGACGAGGACGCCGACGAGGAUCUCGGCGGACUCGCACCAGCACACAAGCUCAAUAAGGCCACCAUCCUCAGCAAAGCGACCGAGUACAUCGCGCAUCUCGAGAAGAAGAACAAGAGCCUCGCCCGGGAGAACAGUCAGCUACGGAAUCGCGUUGAGGGAUUCGAGAUGAUCGUCAUGUCGCGAGAUCAGGGACCCCCAGCAGGAGUCUGGGCAUAGAAAGAGAAGAGAUAGAUUUGUGUGCUUUUGCUUUGUUGCGAUAUUAUUAUUUGGAUCGGCACAACUGGAAACGCAAUGCUUCGAGCUUGUGUGAUGAAUCAUGAUAUCAGGCGUUUACUUCUGGCGUUCAAGAUAUAGGUUGGGACGGCAUUGUGUUAUUUUGGCGCAUUGAGCGGACAUUCUGUCAUCAUAUGGGCUUCCACAUAAAAUACAGGAAUGGUUCCUGGAUAGUAUAAACAAUCUCCAAUACAUCUAAUGUCCUCUUCACUCUCAUUCUCUCAGUGACACUUUGCCUACUUUGCGACUUCCGCCUCUGCUUAACUUAGACUCACGAUGGUGCAAGUUAGUCAACACUUCACACGCGUUUGAGCCUCAUCUUCGCUUACUGGCCUCGUGGGUCUAUGCAGGGACUUAACAAGGGACAGGGUGCAUGUGAGAUGAACACGUGCAUAUCAGGCGUGGCAUCGGUAGAUGGAGAGCGAGAAACCGACGUGGUGUGAUGGGCAUCAGACCACUAUGGGUCGGUGGCUCAGAUGGUUUGGUGUCUGAUGAGGAUUGGAAACGGGUGACGAUGGUGAGAAGAGUAGCGGUGGAUAUUGUUGAGGGGGAUGAGGUAGAAUGAGGUGGUAUGUUAUGGGAUGGUCAAGAAGCGUGUUGGGUUGGGAACUGAGAGUGUUGGAGCGGAGAUGAUAGUAGUCAUGAUGAGGGCUGGGGUGAAGUUAUGAUGGAGUCAAUGACGGGCGAGGGAGAUACUGACUGCAGGUAUGUAAGUUGUAAGUCUAAUAUACUUGAAUGGCUCAGGUAUGAGAGGUAUUACCUGCUAAACUGAGGUUGACUGAGUUGAGAGUUGUCAUGAUGAAGGGCCAAGGAGCUGAGAGUCAAGUUGGGACUAUCACUGGAAAAUUAUGAUCAAUCCCGAUAGUAGAUACGUGAGUUUCGAGGCUAUUGUACUGAAAUAUCUCGACUAAAACAUGUCCAUACCGUUUGAAGUUGCAUUGAGAUUCAUUCAGAGUGAAUUGCUUCGAAUGUAUCAAAUGGAAGUGGACUAACCUGCACCGAGGGACAAUGCAUGCACUUGCUUCUAUAUUAAGCCAGUCUCAGUCGACCAAUAGUGUUAUAUUACAAUAAUCUAAAUAGUGAGAAGAAUAAUGAGAA